GGGAGUGGUGUGAGGAGCCGAGUUGCAGACGACGCAGAGAAACAACAGUGGCCAUUUUGUUUGAGAGAGUCUCAAGGCUCAGACGUUGCUCCAGGAAACUGAGCUCCAGAUGUGAGCAAAGGAUCAGCGAGUGGAGCCACAUCACCGACAGUGUGGAGAAGGCGGAGUCAGUCCUGUCUCAGGUGGAGGCGGAGCUGCCCUCUCUCUCCCCCCUGACGAUGGGUACAGAAGAGCUUCAUGAUGGGGUCCAGUCUUGGGAGCAGUAUCAGGAUCGACUGGACUGUGAACACCGCGCUCUUUCCGCUCUCGAGCUCAGAGUCGCACGCCUGCUUGAAGUCCCCGCCCACCUUGAACAAGCCCCGCCCACUCCCCUCUGUCAACAGCUCCAGGCCAUGCAGACCAGAUACAACAGUGUGAGUAAGCGCAGCAGUGUGGGCCUGGCCUCUUCUCGUUCAGAGCUGGAGGAGAGAGAGAGGAGCCGAGAGGAGCUGCAGAGGCUGAAGAUUUGGCUGGAGGCUGCAGACCACCUGCUGUCAGAGCCUGAGACCGGCAACGCCCACGAGAUACAGGAGGCGCUUCUCCAACUGUUUACCCAGAAGGCUUUGCUGCAGCGGAUCACAAACUCUAUACAAACAAAAUACUCAGAGCCAGACGGUUUGAUCCCGAGUGAGAUCGAGGUUCUGCUACAAGACGCCAAUCAAAUCAUGCAACAAGUCGAACCGAAGGUGAAUGAGGCAGUGGAGAAGAGUGGUCCUGUUUACAGACUCGGCGCCAAACUGUCCGAGAUCCAGUCAGGACUUCACUCGCUCCAGAAGAGACUGGACCAGAAGAGCCCCACUGCAGCCGAGGCCAAGAUCACUCAGAAGCGUGUUUGGGAUGAGCUGGACGUGUGGCACUCCUGUCUGGCUGCUCUGGAGGCAGAUCUGCAGGACCUGGACAAACCACAGGAGGCGCUGGUGCUCACAGAGCGUCUGGUGGAGGUUCAACAGAUUCACUCACAGCUGGCCAAACAGGCAGAGCAGAGGACCACAGUGCUCAGCAAGAUCCACACUUGGCUCCAGGAGCACCAGGAGAUGAUCAACAGCUCCAAGAGUUGGAUCAAUGAGGCUAAAACAUGGCUCGCUGCUCCAGCCACUUACACCACCGCCAAGUGUCUGAGCAGCCACGUGCACGCUCUCCAGGUGGUACUGGGAGACUCUGCUCAGAUCCGCUCCACUCUUCAGGGCUUCACUCUGGUUCUGGAGGAGAUGUCUCAGGUUUGUGACGUCAGCUCUCUGCAGCUCGAGCUCCAGGAGGCCGACCGAGAGGUGGCGCAAGUCCAAGACAGUUUCACCGCUCCUCUGACCAAACUCCAACACGCUGCUGCUGAGGUGGAGGCCAUUGAAGGUGAAGUGAGGAAAAUGGAGAACGAUGUGGCUGAAAUUAAACAGCUCCUGGCUUCUCCUGAGAGUUUACCCAGCCCCAAAGUCCGAAGACUGAAGAUCGUGGAGCAGAAGAUCCAAGCGAUGCAGAGGACCAUAAACGAUAUUCAGAGCAGCAAACCUCACCUGGAGCUGCCAGAAAAGGCUGAGGAGACCCUGACUGUGUUCACUGUGGUGGACCAUCUCCAGAUUCUGCUCCAAGAACUGCAGAAGAAAGUACCGGCUCUGUUUAUCCAGCAGCCUGACCAGCCCCGACAAUCUCCAUUUCAGCCUCCACCCGAGAAAACUACAUCUGAGGAGAAGGAGGAGGGAGAGAUCCAGAUAGUUCAUGUGAAGGAGGACGUGUUGAAGGUUUCAGGAGCAGAGCUGCUCACUGUGGAACAGUCAACAGCAGAACAGAGAGCGACCCCCACUCCACCGGAUACUCAGGUGGAGAAGGCGGAGUCAGUCCUGUCUCAGGUGGAGGCGGAGCUGCCCUCUCUCUCCCCCCUGACGAUGGGUACAGAAGAGCUUCAUGAUGGGGUCCAGUCUUGGGAGCAGUAUCAGGAUCGACUGGACUGUGAACACCGCGCUCUUUCCGCUCUCGAGCUCAGAGUCGCACGCCUGCUUGAAGUCCCCGCCCACCUUGAACAAGCCCCGCCCACUCCCCUCUGUCAACAGCUCCAGGCCAUGCAGACCAGAUACAACAGUGUGAGUAAGCGCAGCAGUGUGGGCCUGGCCUCUUCUCGUUCAGAGCUGGAGGAGAGAGAGAGGAGCCGAGAGGAGCUGCAGAGGCUGAAGAUUUGGCUGGAGGCUGCAGACCACCUGCUGUCAGAGCCUGAGACCGGCAACGCCCACGAGAUACAGGAGGCGCUUCUCCAACUGUUUACCCAGAAGGCUUUGCUGCAGCGGAUCACAAACUCUAUACAAACAAAAUACUCAGAGCCAGACGGUUUGAUCCCGAGUGAGAUCGAGGUUCUGCUACAAGACGCCAAUCAAAUCAUGCAACAAGUCGAACCGAAGGUGAAUGAGGCAGUGGAGAAGAGUGGUCCUGUUUACAGACUCGGCGCCAAACUGUCCGAGAUCCAGUCAGGACUUCACUCGCUCCAGAAGAGACUGGACCAGAAGAGCCCCACUGCAGCCGAGGCCAAGAUCACUCAGAAGCGUGUUUGGGAUGAGCUGGACGUGUGGCACUCCUGUCUGGCUGCUCUGGAGGCAGAUCUGCAGGACCUGGACAAACCACAGGAGGCGCUGGUGCUCACAGAGCGUCUGGUGGAGGUUCAACAGAUUCACUCACAGCUGGCCAAACAGGCAGAGCAGCAGAGGACCACAGUGCUCAGCAAGAUCCACACUUGGCUCCAGGAGCACCAGGAGAUGAUCAACAGCUCCAAGAGUUGGAUCAAUGAGGCUAAAACAUGGCUGCUGCACGCUCCAGCUGCUCCAGCCACUUACACCACACAUGCUACAGCCACGUGCACGCUCUCCAGGUAA